GCCAGCAGCAGGCUGAGAACCUGAGAACGAGGCGCCCGAGCUCGCCGAGGCUGAUUGGCAGCCCGGGGUGAAUGUGUGCUCGUGGAGCCAGGCACCGAGGCUGCCGCGGCUGGGCGCUGCUGUGCGCGUCCGCCCGGAAGGGGGGCGGAUCGCGGGCAGUGGGCUGGGUAGGAGCGAGAGAGAGGGAGGAGGGCGCGGAGCAGGAGGGAGGGCCGUAAGAGCCCGGCUGCCUUGGAGCCCCGGCGCGGGCGCGGGGCCGGGGAGCCAGGCGCACAGCCAGGAGGCGGCACCGCGGUGAGGGAGCGCGGAGACUUAGCCGAGCCAAGCGGAGCCGAGCGGGCCUCUCAGCUGCGAGCGCGCUGCUGGCCGCGGCCAGGCCGGGGCAGACUGGGGCGCAGCGGGUCGGCGAGGCUGCGGUAGCCGGAGGAGCUGAGGGACUGUGGAGAGCGGGGUCCGAAUCUCCCGAGCCGGCGCAAGCCAGAGGAAGGGCGAGACUGCGCGAGGAGCGCUGUCCAGCUGGCGGCCACCGCGACCGCCCCUUCUCGGGGGGGACCCGGCCGAGGAGCCCCGCGUGAGGGAGCCAGAGGAGCAGGACCUUGGAGCUCAAAAGGUGCUGAAGAUCGGAGCCUCUUGCCCACUCCGGCUGCUAAGGCCAGGUGCAGCCAUGGCAGGGCGUGGCGGCCUGGGGCUGGGGCUCUUCUGCUGGGUCCUGUGUGCUGUUCCCGUGGGCCCCCAGCCUGCCUCCUCCAUCCCAGGGGCCCUUACCACUUUGACCCCACCACCUCAGAGCGAGGCCUCCAUGCUAUCUCUCAACCUGGGACUAAACUUCAAAUUCCAUCUUCGAGGACCUGCUGCUGUCUGGGGAAACCCUGUCACAGAGACCCAGGCUCUUUCUCCUGGUCCAGGCCAGGAGCCAGGGGAAGAGGUGGCCAGUGGGCUGAGGACUGAUCCUCUUUGGGAACUGCUGGUAGGCCCCCCUGGGAACUCUCCCCCAGAGUGGGGCUCUGCUGAGGGCAGCGCUACGCCCUGGGCCUCCUCCCUGUCUCCUGAGUCCACAUCCCCCCUCUCUGGUCCCACCCACCGGCCAACUACUCCUUAUCAGCCCAGGAUGGGGACUGUGACCUGGGCCACUGCACUGACAGCGACAGCACCACCAUCCAGUGUUCCCAGGCCCCACCACAGCGAGCUGGAGCUGAAGUUCGAUGUGGCAUUGAAAGCUGGUGCAGCCCCCACACUGGGGCAUCGAACACUGCCCCUCCUGCCCAGCUUGCGGGCCAGCCUGGCAGAGAUUGCUGGGCACCUGGGACCCUUUGGGUUCUUUGGCACUACAUUGUCCCCACUCCGGAACUUCUCAGGCCUGAGCCCCCCAGGCAUAACAACAUCCCCAAACUCUGCCUCCAGAGUGUCAGAAUCUCCAGGGUUCUUUGGCACCACUCUGUCCCCAUCCCUACCCUCUCUGGAGAGGAAACUCUCAAGCCCAAGCCUACUGGACCCCGCUGCUUUUCUCAGCACUGCCUCAGUUGGGACAACACCAAUGCACCAUGACCCCACCAUCCCCACCUCUGGCCCGGAUGACCCUUUUCCUGCCAGCCUUGGAAACCCUUCAGCGCAGCCAGAGUGCGGGCCAGAGAGUUGUAGCGUGGAUGUGGGCGAGCUGCCAGAUGGAGAGGUGCAGCCUCCUGCCUCCCUGAGGCCCCCCUUCUUCCUGACCCUGGAGGCUGACUGGGCAGAGGCCCGGGCUCGCUGGGGGCUGGCCUGGGAGGCCCACGUGUAUGGGGCGGGUGCGCUCUUCGGCCUGGUGGCCUUGCUGGCACUGCUGGCUCUGGUGCUCUUGCCCUGGCGCUGCCCGCCUGGUACCCCCUGCCUGGCGCUGCUGGACCUGCUGCUGCUCUCCGCCGGAACCACGCGUGCCUUCCCGCUCUUCUAUGACGCCUAUGGGCACCGCGACCGGCUGCCGGCUCUCGCCUGGCUGCUCCUGCAGGACCUUCCGCUGCCCUGCCUGGCUGCCGGCCUGGGGCUCGCCUGCCUGCUGUUGGCCCGGCCGCGCCCACCGCGCUGCCCCGCCGGCCUGGCCGCGCUGCUGCUCUUGGGGCUGGGGCUGGCGGCGGCCGCCGCCCUGGGGAGCGCCACGCACCGCCCGCUGCGGCCCCUGCGGCUCGCCUCCCGCGGGCUGCACGCCUUCCUCGCCGCCCUCCUUUCGGGGCUCCUGUUGGCGCUGUCUUGCUUCAGGGGCCGGAGGCGGCGGGCCGGGGCGCCCCUGGGCGGGUCUGGCUUCAAGGGAGCGACCCUGGUCCCACAGGUGCGCAGCCCUUUCGCCCCACGGGAGUCCUGGCGGCGCGCAGCGCGCACGGCCCCGGUGGCGGGCACCUUCGGGCUGCUGAGCGGAGCCCUGCAGGGCUACGAAGUGCUACACGCCCUGGGCUACGGCGGCCAACCUGGCCUGGAGGGGCCCUGGCCCUGGUGGGCUUUCCAGCUCGGCCUGCGCCUGGGCGAGGUGGGCGUCGCGCUCCCUUUAGCGCUGCUGGGGCUCUACCCCACGCUCUGCAGCCCCCGUGUGCAGCCUCGCUGCUGGGCCAAGAUCUUCCGUUUGUCCCCGGGCCACGCGGCCCCGCUACUGCCCGGAGGCUGGGUCACCGGGCCCCAAGACAAGGAGCACCUGGGUAGAUCUAUCGCUCGUGGAGACGCGGAGCUGCUGCAGCUUUGCGCCCUGGCAGGCCCAGGCCCCGACCUGCUACUCCAGGGUGGUGGCUGCCCCGGCUUCGAAGGCGCCUCGGCCAACCCCGUCCCAUCCCCAGCCUCCUCCCCCUGCAGCGAUUGCACCGUGGACUUCCGGCCGCCCUCCCCGAUCAACCUGCGGCGGAGCAUCGAGGAGGCCCUCGGUAGCGAGGCGCUGCUGGCUCCUGGCCUCUUUCAGGGCCCUGCCUUCGGGGAAUCCUUGCCUGGGCUCGGCCUCUACCGCGCCGCCUCCUUGGGGACCAAGACCAGGGCCGGGGUGGGUGGAAAGUCAGAGGAAGCCCUCAGCUCCCCAGCGCCCCCAGAUCUCCCCUCUCCUGGGGCUUGGCCCGCGGAGAGUAGCGCCUCAUCUGGCUCCCUGUGCGGACUCUCGCGGGACAGCUCCUCCAUGCUGUUAUGUUCCAGCCCGGACAGGCCUCUUCGCUGUCCGCUGGUCUGUGUCCUCACUCCCCCUCGACCCUCUGGAAGCAGCCCUAGCCUCCAGAUCUCAGGAUCCUACCAGGCCUUGUCCUCGCCCUCCCACGACUCUCCGGAGCCUGUUCCUGAGCUGCAGGCCGAGGAGGCCUUGCUGCAGGAGCAAUUCCUGGAUGCUUGUCGACAAAUCGACGAGCUGAGUGUGGGUAGCGACACCAUAGACCUGUGAUGAGGCGGCCACCUCAAUGCCUUGCCACCACACACCCCUUUCUGGCACCUGCUCUGUCUGAGACCUGCACACUGUAACCCUUCCCUAAUUCUGCCUGGCUCAGAUACCUCCCCACUUCCUUCCCCAUCCAGGGGCCCCUGGGUGGGUGAGUCAGCAGCCAGGCUCUGUUGACUGGGAAUUAGUGCCACCUUCUCUGUAGCUCUGGGCACUGAUGCCCUCAGUUGCAAUUUUAGGCUGGCAGGGGUCCCACUUUCCUUGGCCUUCACCAGCAAUAAAGCUCAAGGUGCUCCACUCUGGUGCUGACUGAGAGGGGCUGUCCUCAGAAGACCUGGGGCCCUGCCUUGGCCCCAUACCCUCCUCUGCUAUACCCAGGAAUCCCACCCCUGUGGUGAGUGAGACUUCCUGACCUCCACGGCCCCUUUCCCACAGAAGGCUUCACAGCCCUUUCAGAAGACCUUACAGCAGGUGGGUGGGAGGUGAAUUCUUUCAGAGUUAAUUUAUCAAUAAAAUAUUUUCAGAGGAGGAAGUUCUGACCUUCUUGGAAAAGCUUAAAUGGGGUGACAGCAGCAGUGGUUCUACCUGAAGUGUAAGUGAGUGAGUCUGCCCUUGACUCCAGGGACCCUCACUCAAGACCAAGGAUCUUGUCCUGUGGCUGGGAUAAGUGAGGGUCCUGGGAGUGGUCCCUUGAAGAUCCUUCUGUCUUCCUGGGAAAUGGCUUUUCAUAGAGGUGGCAGAUGGUCCUGAGAAGUGGGACAGAAACUCUUUAGUCCUCUUACCUGUACUCCCAGGAGCCUGGCUUCAGGUCCUGGUAGACAGCUCGCUAGUUAGGUUACACUCCUUCAUGGAAAUACUGAUACACAUGUAAAAGCACCUGGUUGUCUGAAGCUGGAAUCCCCAGCAGUCCCUCUGCCAGAUUUUCACAUUUGGGGAUUCACAACCAACACAACCAACAGGUCCUCUUUGAGUUUGGGCUCACCGCCACCCCAUCUUCCUCUGUAGAACUCUCCUCUCUCAUAGGUGUAGAUCCUUCCUGGAGAAAACCUGUCCCCCUGUAGAAGCCUAACUCCCAAAGCAGAACUCACAAUGCAGAGAUUCAUAAACACGUCAAGCCACCAGGCACUGUAUAAUCCCUUCCUUGCUUGGAGUGGUUGGCUUGGAGCUCUACAGUGCAUUUGCCCCUUGGCUAAAAUUCAGUGGUUCAGAGUGGCACAAAAGCAGGGGCUUGGGGUAGGUUUGAAAAUAAAAAUCUGACAAUGUUUUGGUCGAUGUCCUGCACGUCACAGGGGCAUGCACAUUAGGCUCAGAGUGGAAGAACAGGAACUUGAGUGGGAACUUCAGCUGGUGGAGAUUGGAGAAGGGAGGCUGGGAGCCAAGGGGGAAGUUGGCAGGAAGGCUGGGAGGGGAUUGGACCCCCAUGCAGCCAGGCCAGGCUCCAUGUGCUAGUAGGGGAAUUUGAGUGCUGCUCUCCUUGCAGAUGAAGGUCUGGUUUGGCUGAGAGGAGCAGGCCUCUGAGGCCUCUGAGGAGGAAGGGGAGCCAGCAGUGUCUUGGGGAGAGUGAGAGUCACAGGAGGGAGAGAAAUGGGAGGCUGUGAUGCAGUCGAGGCUAAGGGAUAUGCCUGGAGUCAUUCUGAUCGUGUCUCCUCCAUCACCUGGCUCAGCUUGGCUGGGAAAUUCCUGCUGCAUUGUCUCUCUGGGCUGAGGCCCAGAGAGCUGCCAGCCUCCUAAUUGAAGGCAUUUCUCACUGGUGUCAUAGUGGCUAUAGAGGCUCAGCAUCAGCACAGCAUUGUGUCAGGUAAGGAGUGCUUGUAGCUGCUCUGAGAAAGUGCUUGCUUUCUUCCCCAUGUUCCCUUCCACCUGCCGCUCCUCUGGUUGUGCUCACACUCAGCUCCUCUGCCCUCUCUUCCUCACUCUAAUCCUGGCCAGCUCCUCUCUCUCUCUCUCUCUCUCUCUCACUCUCCACCUGGGCCUCUGGGUUUGGCACACACUUCCCGAGAGAGCAGCCCAAGCCUCAAAGACCCCCAGUCAAUCUCUCCGUCUGUCUGUCUGUCUCUUUCACACACACACACACACACACACACACACGCACACACGCACACCACACGUGCACACACGCUUUGUUUCUAAAUGGGGCUUGUGAGGAAAGAAAAGGACAUGAGAAUACAGCUCUAACAUUUUGUUAAUUUUUCUCAGUAAGAAUUACUGCAGCCCUUUGACUCCCUACAGAGGCCAGGACUUGGAUUAGACAGCUUUUCCUUCCCUUUUGUCCCUUGCCUUAUCCCACAUAUUUCCUAGAAGGAGUCCAGGUAGAUCCAAAUGCAGAUGCCCUGCAAUUCCAAAUCUUGGUACUUCUGGGGACUGAGGGACAAGCUCACUUACUUACAUCCAUCUGUGCAUCCAUCCAUCCACUCAUUUGUUCUCUUAAAAAUAUUCAUCAAGUGCUUACAAUGUGCUAGGUGCUGGGAAUAGAGAGGUAAAGGAGAAAGAUACCAGCCCGGGAUUUAUGAAGUUGUGGGUCUUUUGGGGAAAAGCAGACAUUAAACAAUGAAUCACAUAAAUAAUCACAAUAGCACAAGUAAUUGGUUACAAUUGUGAGAAGUGUGGUGAACAAGAACUGUUUGGAAUUAUAGAAAAUUUAGCUUGCAAGGGGAAUUGAAGCCAGAGUGAUGAGACCUGGCAGAGGCUGGCUGAGAACAGGCCAGGGCUCCCUGACUUCCCUUCCAGGCUCCUGCACAGUGAUGGAUGAGGAGCAGGCUGAUGGUUUAUUUCCCCUGGAAGCCACAUUGCAGAGUUCCAAGGCUCCCGUUAUUUAAUAAAGAACACUGCAUGUGUCCUGAGUAGAUGGAUGAGAAAAUAUUCCUGAUGGAAGAACCAUGUGCCUUCCCUGAUAUGAAUGGAUAGGAGAAGGUGAGGUAGGAAACAGAUGUGGACCCACAUCUGAACUAUGGGUAGAGUAGAAUGUAUCAAUCGUACUGUUGUCCUUCCUGAGGGCUGCAAAGCCCUGCACUGUGGGUAUCUGCUGCCAUCUGAUGGUUUUGUCCUUCAAGGAAAAUUUGGGUACACAGUAUACAACAUUCAUAGUGAAUAUUGGAUGCUAGAACAACCUUCUCAGUGUUCUUUUCCUGUACAUAUUACAUCCAGGACUAGAAAAGCCUCCCCAUACCUGAGGCCUCAGAACCUUGCAGUUUGGUCUUUGGGAAUGGAAUGUUGAUUCCUAUGGUGGGGAAUAGGGCAGGAGGGAAAGAGAAAGAAGAGGGAGGGAUGUUGAAUCUCAAAUCAACUUUGUUCAAAUGACCUAACUCAUUUCCUUUGUCUGUAUUACUCUAUACCACAUAAGAUUUACCUUGUAACCCUAACAAUCUGUUUUGUAUUUCAAUGCUUCCUUUCUUAAGUUCUGUGUUUAAAAAUAACUGUGAUGCUGGGUGUAAUGGCGCACGCCUGUGAUCCUAGCACUCAGGAGGCUGAGGCAGGAGGAUUGCCAUGAGUUCAAGGCCAGCCUGAGCUACAUAG